UGCGGAGCACACAGAGCCGGGAUCUCCGUCCGUCCGUGUCGUUGAGCGCAAACGCGGAUAGCUGUGGGGUCGAGUCCGGCCGUCAUGACAGUGGACUGACCACAGCGGCGGUCAGCGGACGGCCGCACAGCUCCAGCCCCAGCCUCCAGCAGCCCCCAGCCUCCAGCAGACACCGGAGCCGCUGUUUUUGUCUCCGAGGGGAAUUUUUCAAGUGCAAGAAGAGGCGUCUGGAGCUUCUGAACCACUGCACAGAAAAAAAAAAAAAAAAAAAUUACAUGUAUAUUAUUCCGAGCCGGCUCAUAUAGACGACGCAGCGGCCAUCGCACUGGCUAAAUGAAGAAUUUGUGAACAUGCACGAGGGAAGGGCUCAUCCUUUCACUUCGGUGACUUCCCCAGAUGCUUUGGCCCAAAGAAAGAUGGAAAGGAAUGGGAAGAACUUGAGCCAAGACUACUGCACGACACCCAUUCAGUGAGCCGGCUGGAGACCCCCCCUUCCCCGCCCCCCCGCUCGCCAAGCCACCGAACCUCACGUCGCUUCCCCUUUGACCUUUUUUUUUUUUUUUUUUGGCCUCCGAGCGCCAUGACCUCGGAGCUGGAAAGCAGUCUGACCUCCAUGGACUGGCUCCCGCAGCUGAGCAUGAGGGCGGCCAUCCAGAAAGCCGACGCGGGACACCAUCACCACGGGCACCAUCAUCACCACGGACACCAUCACCACGGACACCAUCACGGACACGGGCCUGGCAAGAAAAUCUCCCAUCUGGACCCGGCGACGACGCUGGACCAGGAGGAAGCAGCACAACACAGGGAUGGAAAACCGCCGUACAGCUACGCCAGCCUCAUAACGUUCGCCAUCAACGGCUCGCCGCGCAAACGGAUGACCCUCAGCGAGAUCUACCAGUGGAUCUGUGACAACUUCCCUUAUUACAGAGAGGCAGGCAGCGGCUGGAAGAACUCUAUACGACAUAACCUGUCCUUGAACAAGUGUUUUCUCAAAGUGCCUCGCUCCAAAGACGACCCUGGAAAAGGUUCCUACUGGGCCAUAGACACCAAUCCUAAAGAGGACACAGUACCCAGCAGGCCCAAGAAGAGACCCCGAUCCGGAGAACGGGCGUCGACUCCAUACAGCCUGGAGUCGGAGUCUCUGAGGAUGGACUGCAUCAUGUCAGGAGGGGCAUCGCCCACUCUGGCAAUCAACGCUGUAACCAACAAGGUAGCGCUGUACAACCCAGAGGCAGAAGGCAGCGAGAGUCCAGGGAGUCUGGGCGGCAGCCUGAGCAACAGCCUUUCAGAGCAGAGUUUGGCGUCUGUCAACCUGAACAACCUGAACACUGCCGUCAGCAGCGGCAACAACGUCCACAGCUACACACCAGUUAGUAGCCACUCCGAGCCCUCGUCCCAGUCCCUGAGCCUCCAGCAGCCCACCCAACCGCCGCCGCCCCCCCCUCCGCCGCCGCAACCCCAGUACGGUCUCCCCGUCCCCGAAUCCCGGGACAAACAGCUCUGCUUCUCCGACUUCGAGGACCUCAGCUCGUCUUUUCGCAGCCUUUACAAGUGUGUCUUCGAACAGUCUUUCUCGCAGCAAGGUUUGAUGGGCAUCCCCGCUGAGUCCCGGACCGCCUGCUCCUACCAGCACUCCCCUGGUGCAGGAGGAGGAAGCAGCCACCACCACCAGCUCAACCACGGCCAGGCGUCGCACCACCCACACCACACUCAGCAGCACCUCUCUCCGCACUCCACCCACGGUCAACACCCGACGCACGGCCAGCACGGCCAGCACCAACAGCAUCAUUCCCAACAGCACCCGUCGCUCUCCCACCAGAGUCACACCGGACAGACCUGCAGCACGACAGGCAUGUCAUCAGACUGGUACCCCAACUUAGACUGGCUGAAGGAGAGCUGCCGCAUCGCUACCAGCUACAACUGGGCCGACGUAGACCUUUCCCCGUUUCAAGGUCUGAAGGAGAGCAUGCGACAGGCCGAACUCAACAACUGGUCCCUGGACGCCACUCAGAUGGCGGAUCUGUGUUCGUCCAUCAACCAGUUCUUCACCGCCACAGGGGUCAUCCCCCCUCAGGGCGCCGCCCACCCACAACCGCAGCCUCAGGUCCAACACCCGACAGCACCAGGGGUACCGCAGCACCCGGCUCAGCCCCACGGGGCCAUGCACCCCAAGGCCAGCCAGCACAAUCAGCACGGACAACACAACCAACACAACCAACACAUCAGCACAGGGAACAUGUACAUGGACACGAGACAGAACAUCUCCUCUCUGAUGGGCCCACCAGGAGGAUACCCCCACAUGCCCCCCAUGAGCAACACCGCUCCCAGCAUGACAGGCCAUCACAGUCAGCUCAGCCAGCAGCAGCAACAACACACGCUGCCUCCGGGACAUUUCCAGGUGAGACGUAUGCUCGCUGCAGACGACAUCCAGGACGACUUCGACUGGGACUCCAUCGUUUAGACCGAGCCGGCGGCUAAACACUGGGAAAUGGAAAAAAAGGUGACGGGACAUAAGAGACAAACAUCCUGCAUGUGAUGACAGGUGAGGUAUGGAACUGACCGUCCUGAUCCUGUCACUCAUGUGGAAAACAGAAGACAAUCCAACACAAGACAAACAGGAGGGGAUUUUUUUUUUUUUUCUGAUACGAAAAUGAUAAUUCUGAAGACAAUCAUUAAAAAAAAAUAUUAAUGGGAAUGGACCGAGCCAAGAUGUACACACAUCAUCCAAAGCAACAGGAUGUCUGAAGCUUGUCUCAUGUUGUGUCCCCCCGAGUGCCAACAGGGUUACAAGUCGCCAAAGUGUUGUUAAAAUGUCUGUGAAGUGUUUGUUUCUUUUCUUUGUUCCAAAAAAAAAAAAAAAAAAAAAAAUCUUUUCCAGACAGCGUGCGCUCCCC